AAGGUUAGCCUUAGUGCUCUAGCUUCCACUCCCAAGCACUGGCCUUUCAAGGUAGAGUUUUCACACACUUGAAAGCCUUCUUGGUUACUUGCUAGCUCUGCUAAGAGAUGUCUCAGGGAAGAGGCAGUGCAGGUCAUGCCAUGGCCAUGGUGGUAGUCUUAGUUCUCUGCGUGCUGGUUCACAUUGAACAGGUUCAUGCUGCUACUUACGUGGUUGGAGACUCCGGUGGUUGGACCUUUAACACUGAUAGUUGGCCCAAAGGAAAGCGUUUCAGGGCCGGUGAUGUGCUCGUAUUCAACUAUGAUUCAACAAACCACAAUGUCGUGGCGGUGGGCCGGAGCGGGUACAGCAGCUGCACAGCUCCGGCGGGAGCAAAGGUGUAUAAAUCCGGGAAGGACCAAAUAAGGCUGGCCAAAGGACCAAACUACUUCAUCUGCAACUUUGCUGGGCACUGUCAAUCAGGAAUGAAGAUUGCCAUUAACGCAGUGUAAUGCUUUAGAUAUAUAUAUAUAUAUAUAUAUAUAUAUAUAUAUAUAUGUUUGUGGGACUGAUAUCUGAGGACAGUUUCACAUGAUAUACAAGUCAUGUUAAUGGACGGACUGUCGGUGCUUCUAUAUAUAAAGAUGAUGUAGUAGUAUUAAUAUUAUAUGUGAGUAUGUCUCCAUCAGCACUAUUGGCUUGAGUGUGACCACACAAUGUGAGUAACUAGCUAGUACUGAUAAUGUGAAAUAUUGGCUAAGAUCUGUGUGUGACCACAAAAUAAAAGUUGCUUUUAUCUUU